CUUCAUUUAGUAAGUCAGUUGUUGUCAAUUAAUUCAUUUAAAUCAAGCUGUCUAAUUGCUUACGCCAAGAUAUUUUAGAAGUGGAUAGAAGUGAAGAUGCAGCCAACAUCCGAUGAUGAUCCUCAAUUGAAAAUAUAGCUAGAACCAAACGGAGGAUAGGCAAGCAUGGAAGGAGCCGGAACGCUGCCGGAGGUGGAAUCCACUUCAAGAAACUUACCUGUAGAGACCGAUGUUAUCGCAAAUGACCAGUCAACCAGUGAGGCGGCAUCCAGAGGAACACUCAAUAGAUCAAACAACCGGAGCGCCCUCAAGAGAAAAAGGGGCUCCUCCACGGACUCAAAAUCCAAGCCCAAAGUCAAGAGGAAAAAGUCCAAAACUACUCGGACGCCCAGACCUAACUACACAAUUGAGGAGGGAGAGGACAUGCUCCUGAUCAUAUCCAAUGUUAAUCAAAGCGACAGCGUAUGGCGGCCCAAGCGGAAGGGCCGCAAAAAGAACAUUAAGAAACUGCCCAAGAAAAAAGGCCAAGGGAAAAUCACCGAAACCAGGAAGACAAAAAAACAUGUCAGAACGACUGUCAUAGUGGAUACUCAAGCACAGGGCAGUGACCCUGAUCAUCAGGUUGAACCUCGGGUAAAUGUCUCCCUCUCAGGUGAUGACACUGACCGGUGGGGUCAGAGACUUCCAGUUGAGGUGCUGGUUAAUAUAUUUCAGUACGUGGUUCAUCGAGAUGGGGCAGUGCCAUUCCUGUGCAGGGUGUCUAGGGUAUGUCGGUUGUGGAAUGAUGCUGCAUCCAGCCCUAACCUGUGGCGAAGUGUUACCAUGGGAUUUUGCUGGAUAGAACCUGGCAAGAGUCAGCUCCCCAAAACAGAGAUGAGGAUCAAGAACACUGUGAACUGGAUGGCACAGAACAGACUUUCUCAACUCAGGGAAUUUUCACUUUGUCACUGGAAAAAGAAUGUGGACUAUGUUGUUCAGGCUCUGUCUGAAUCCUGCCCUCAACUGAGCUCCCUCAAGCUGUCCCACUGUACAGGUGUGACUGACAAAGCCUUCCAGAGUCUGGGAAGCCACUGCAAGCAGCUGGAGUGCAUAGAUGUACAGAACACCGAUGUCCAGGGUGAAGGCCUUGUCACAUUCCUGGAGACCUAUGGCCAUCAGAUCCGGAAGAUUUUCUUCAGCUAUGGUUCAAAGAGCGAGAAAUUGCUUACCGUCAUAUCAAAAGGCUGCUGUCCUGAACUUCGCUCACUGGCAGUCAAUACAAAUCUCAACACUGGAUUCUCUCAGCUUGCCAUCUGUAUUCCAGCUUUACAGAUUGGCUGUCCCAAACUCCAGGCUUUCAGUAUGAUGAACGUGAUGCCAAGGCUCAAGAUGAUCCGGAACAUUCCAACCUCCACGCCUGGCUUCCCUUUGUUGGAGGAGCUGUGCAUCGCGACCACAUCCAUGUCCUCCUUCUCGGAUCAGGACCUUAACAGUCUGCUCCACGGCUCCCCCCGGCUACGAGUGCUGGACCUGCGAGGGUGCUCUCGUGUGACCCCCACUGCCCUCUCUGCCCUGCCUUGUCAAGAUUUAGAGUGUCUGUUUUGGGGCCUCUACUUCAACAGCACAUCAGUGGCAUCUUCUAAAAACGGGCUGCACCUUCUAACAGAGAAGUGGAGCCGCACGCUACGCGAGCUGGACAUCACCAACCAUGCCUUCUCAGAGGAGGACCUGGAAAUUGCCAUGGGUCAUCUGGCCCUGGGUGAGGGUGCAGAAGCCUUGCGCUCACUCAACCUCACUGGGACCAAACUCACCUCACAGGCCCUCAGGUUACUGAUUGGUCAUGCUGUUGCGCUGAACUACCUAAACCUGUCAUCAUGCCGCUACCUUCCCAGGGGGAUGAAGAAAUUGUACCGUGGCCAGGAGGACAUACGCCAACUCCUGGACAAAAUAGAAUAGGGGGUGAAGUAACAGGAACCAGGUAUCACAUGUCAGUCAGCAACAGGUGGUUACUGAACAUCCAGUGGUCCUGUAAUGUGUAAUGCAUAUUGGUAUAUUGUGGUGAAUGAUUGACAAGGUUAAAGUGAAAGUAAUGAGGCAAUUGACGGCAACAUAAAAAUAAGAUAAUGGCCAGUAAAUGUGCUACAGGUCACUAUUUCACUGGUAAUAUGUGGACACCGGUGUUCUCCCAAACAGUACUUUUUAAAUAUGUUGUGGACAGAGAAAGCUUUUUAAGUCUUAUUAUGUACAUAAUUGUAUUUUGCACUACAGUUUAUACUAAUAAUUGCUGAAAUAAACAUGGCUCAAUGCAUGACA